CCCAAUAGUUGGUGCUGGUGAGGCAGAUGGAUCCAGACAGAGAGGAAGAUGUGUUUUCAGAUGCUGAAGACUCCUUCCCUCUGAGAGAAGACCAGGAAGAAGAGGACAAAGAGGAAGAGGAAGAAGAGGACGAAGAAGAAGAUGCCAGGAUCUUCAACGCCUGGAUGCAGCAGAACAGAGGAGGGGAACAUCAGAAGAAGCAGGUGCAGGAAGAGAAGGAGGAGGAUGAGGAGGAUGUGGAGUCAGAGGGAGGAAGACCUGAAAGCAGGUGCAGCUUUGAGCCGCCGGUCCAGAUGAGGGUUGCCCGCCGCUCGUCUUUGCCCUGUCUGGCCAACCUCUCAUCCAUGCAGCUGUCUCGCCUUCACUCCUCCACAUGUGCUCCAGUAACAGCCAGGGUUUUGCUGCGACGCUCCUCGUCCCGCCGCCUCCUUCCCUCCCCGCAGGAAGCUGCCGUCCCCCCGCUGGAGCGAAGACCCUCGCUCAUACCCACCAUCCCCGAAGCUGUGCCUCCUGAGAGGCGGGGCCAGUUCAGACGACGGAACGUCAUGUCGUUGAGUGAUGCGUACAGCAUGUGUCUGAUCUGUCAUAAUGACUUGAGCCAAGGAUCAGGAGGGACCAGAGAGCUGCAGUGUACACACACCUUCCACAAAGAGUGUAUAGAGGAGUGGCUGUGGAGGAAACAGUCCUGUCCAACCUGUCACGUCCAGGUGUGCGUACCUCAGUCUCUCUACUGGAGCUCCACCAGGGUCAAGGUCCCCUGAGAUAGACUGUCUUCAAACAGGUCCUCUGGUUUCAUUACAGACAUCUGCUACCCAUCCUAUGAACCUUGGCUACAGCUCAGCUGUGACGACAGACUUCUCCCAGGUGAAAGUCUUUCUACCACUACAGGUCUCUGAGAGCGAUCCAUGUCUGUCCCUGUUUACUGGGCUGGAUGAGUUUUUACUGCAAGGCCAACAAGUUCUCUACAGUUCAGCCGCCUGCCUUCAAACCAAACCGCUGGACUCCAUGGCCCUGGUUUUACAUCAGAAAUCAUUUUCAGGUGUUAUCAUUGGUUUUUAAAAGUUUUCCAGUGGAGAACCUUACAGAUCAAUCAAUGACUCAAACUUACCAUGAGUUGAUGGUCAAACCAGUUUCUUCCAGGGGUUGAAACCAGAGGAUUUUCAAAAUUCUUCUUCGGUUGAAGAUCUACUCAGAACUAAAAAACAUUUAAAACCUUCUUGAAACAGGCUUCAUUUUCCUGGCCAAGUAUUUAAAGCACUUUCUCUUUAUUGAGUCAAUAUCUUUAUUUGCCAGCUAAUUUUGUACACUGUUUUCUGGCUAGAUUUGCUUGUCUGUUCAGCAUUUUCAGCUUGUUUCUAAAUGUUCUCAAAGGCUUGAUAAAUAAGAAAAUACUUUUAUGAAAUAAAACUGCAGCUAUGGCUGGAAAACACAACUGCAUAAUGUUGAAGCUGAAUUGCAACCACUGUAACCUCAUUGUAAUUUUUAUUAAUUUUUUUUACAGCUCUAUCAAUGUUAUAAUGUUGUUGUUUUUGUUUGACUGAUUACUUACUGUAUGUACAAACAUGCGUGCUUUUGCUUUAACAUUGUAAAAAACAUCCAAGGAUGCAAAUAGUACUUUUACUUUAAUAAA